UUCUAACUUCUUCAUAAAGUCAAUUGCUUUCUCAUUUCACUAGUUGAUAUAAAUACAUUAAUCUCCUCUUAUUUUGUGACUUAAUUAUAUGCAUUUUUGAUUUAGAUAUACUUGGAAGAAAUAUGAAGGAAAGAUCAAUAGAGAAGUUCUUCAUGUUGCCAUUCUUUAUAGUGUGUGGUUCUGAUUCAAGUGUUGCAGUGAGCACCAGCAGCCAUCCUGAGAAAACAAAGAAUUCAGCACAGAAAACAAAGCUUAUUCAAGAAAGACGAGAAGGAGAAGAGAGCUCCUCAAGUGUAAAAAUGAAGAGCUUUUGGGGAUUAUUGGCCAUGACAAGACCAAGAUUCUCACGAAAUGUGCAAAGAUUGAAAAGGCAUUUCAAAGGUUUCUCCCAAUUAUUUGUGCACAAAAAAGAGGCAGAAGAAGUGGAAAUGGAGAUAGAAAUAGGGUAUCCAACAGAUGUGAAGCAUUUAACACACAUAGGAUGGGAUGGAUCAACAACAAUUAAUCCAAUCAAAGGCUGGGAAAAUUUGAAACCUCCUGAAGUUAUUUCUUUUCCAUCAAUUUCAAUAAAACAAUUUGAACUUGCCAUGGCUGCCCAAGCUGGUGGACCUAUAAGUGUUAAUACCAACAAUUGUGCUUGACUUUUUAAAAUUUUAUGUGUAACUUUCUCUUGCUUUUCAAUUAAAUUCUCUCAGUUUAGAUCUUUUUCUUCUUUUGUUGAGAGUGGAGAUUAAGUGAUACUAUGGAUUGAAUGUGUGGGAAUUGGAUUGUGUAGCAUAUUGUUAAAGUUAGUAGGGAAAUCUUGUUUUCUUUUUACCAUCUGGUCUGUCUUUACAACUCUUUUUCUUAUAUCUGAUUAUUCUUUCCAUUGACAUAACAA